AUGUGGAUGGUGGGCGUGUCCCUUGCGCUGCACAUGAGGCUGGAAACCAGUUUUAUGGUCCGAGGUGUAAUCAACGAUGCGGUGGGUUCCAUCGGCUUCGUCCAGAGUGUACUGUCCGUGCACGUGAUCUCCAUCGCGGUGCUCCCAGGCGCUCUUAUGGUCCUCAUCGCUCUGGUUGUUUGCUUUGCCGUUGUCGCGUCGGCCUAUGAGGACUAUCACAGCCAUCCCCAGUACAAGUUUGAAUACGGAGUUAAGGAUGGACACACCCACGACCACAAGAGCCAGUGGGAACAUCGCGAUGGUGACCACGUGAAGGGACAGUACACUCUGGAUGAAGCCGAUGGUACGCACCGCAUCGUUGAUUACAGCUCGGAUCACAAGACUGGAUUCCAACCACAUGUUCAACGUGUUGGACACGCCCACCAUCCACAUGGUGAAAGCUACGCCAACAUCAAGCAGCAUUACUAGAACUUUUGUCUGGUAACACCAAAGAACUAGAUGAAUUCGCCAGUCUGAAAUAUAGCAAAAUUUUUGUCCACCUAAUGCAAGCUGGUACUAAUGUUUAUUCACGUG